CAGCUGCGUACUCCGCCCCAGUCCACGAACACCUUACGACCACAAGCUUAGCUUGAGGGACGAAGCCGAACAAGGUGCACCAAUUGCCCCGCGUCUCGCGCCAACCAUUAGACCGCCGAUAGCUGACCCACUCUUUAUCGUUUACCAGUUUCUGUCGCCCCUACUUAUCCUCAUCUCGUUCCUGUUUCUGUCCACGUCUAUCCACCUUACUCUCCAAACGAAGUUGAACGAAGCUUGGUACGAUGGGAGGUGCCGGCUGGCUGUUUCUGUUCUCGGUGCUUAUGGCCGCUGGCCUGCUGUUCACCAUGGUUUUCUUCAUCAUCAUGUUCUCCGACCUCGAAUGCGACUACAUCAACCCAAUAGACCUUUGCAACAAGCUCAACCAGUUUGUCCUGCCCGAGAACAUCGCCCACGCCUUCCUCACGCUCUUAUUCCUCCUUUCGGGGCAAUGGAUCGCCUUCCUCCUCAACCUGCCUCUAGUGCUAUAUAAUGCCAACAAGAUACGAAACAAAAACCACAUGUACGACGCGACCGAGAUAUUCCGGACGCUGUCCGGCCACAAGAAAGAGAGCUUCAUGAAGCUCGGUUUUUACCUCCUCUCGUUCUUCUACUACCUCUACCGCAUGAUCGUUGCCCUCAUCUCCGAAAACGAGUAAGCGCCUUCAUAGUCCCAGCCCUGCACCGAUGCACCACGCCUCGGACGUGGUGAUGGGUGGGAAGACGCAGCGGGGUGGUGCGCGUUGUCGGGCUGAUAUCACGUGGAAGGACGGAUGGGGCGUUGGGGAUAUGUCCGCGCGAUAUAAGGUGGUGGUAGCAGUAGCAGUCUAGAAAGGGUUGGAUUAUUCUGCGUCAGUACUUACAGUAAAUCUCGAACUUGCAAUUGCUUUCUUUUUCUGUCAGUUACAGUAAUGACAAUAUAACGGGG